AUGUCGUAUAGUGGAGAUUCAGUUCAAACCUUGGGACAAGCAGUGAUGACGUGUUCUUACAAAGACAAACGAUACAAUCUUGUUUUCUAUAUAGCGACACACGAUGUAAAGCCUAUUCUUGGUUUACCUGAUUGCGAGCGUUUGGGUAUGGUGAAAAGAAUUCCAGAUGUCAAAUCUAUUUUCACUAGCGACGAUAUUCUCAAUGAAUAUGCAGAUCUCUUCGAUGGCAAACUAGGAUGUUUACCCAUUAAACAUCAUAUCAGUGUCAAUCCAAAUGUAAAACCUACAAUUCAUCCUUCUCGACGCGUUCCAGUAGCUAUGAGAACAAAAAUUAAAGAAGAGUUAGAACGAAUGCAACAGAUGGGUGUCAUCGAUCCUGUAGAAAAACCAACGGUAUGGGUUUCGUCAAUGGUAAUAGUGGAAAAACCAAACAAGUUAGGAAUAUGUAUUGAUCCUAGACAUCUUAAUCAAGCCAUUUAG